UCUGAGGCCUCCUUUUUUCCAGUCAAUGCUUAUGGGUUAUUUCUUGUAUUUGGUAUUUCAUAUCUUUUCAUUGCCUAAUCCAGUCAGUAAAUCAGAAGGAGGCUAGUCAACAUGAAAUGAUCCAAGUUGCAGAUUGUAUAAUUUGAUCACCUUGGACCUGAUGACAACUGCUCCUCUGUUGCACGGUGAAGGGAGGAUUGAAAGUUGGAAUUGGGUUUUCAGCCAUGCUUGGGGAACACUGAACAUGGAGCAGAGUCUGGAGAUCGCCAUUGAUGUGUGAUGUUUGUGGAGCCCGAAACGCGAGCAGCAGCAGCCCAGUUACAGACCUCAGUUGGAACAGUCGUCACUUCGUUCCCAGAGGCUAUGAACCCCAAUAAGCGCGGCCGUGUGACUAACCAGCUCCAGUACAUGCUGAAAGGAGUUGUGAAAACCCUGUGGAAACACCAGUUUGCCUGGCCCUUCCAUGUCCCAGUUGAUGCUAAGAAACUUAACUUGCCGGAUUAUCAUAAAAUUAUCAAGCAACCCAUGGAUAUGGGGACAAUAAAGAAACGGUUAGAGAGCAAUUAUUAUUGGAGUGCAAGUGAGUGCAUGCAGGAUUUCAACACCAUGUUCACCAACUGCUACAUCUAUAACAAGCCGGGCGAUGACAUUGUGUUGAUGGCGCAGACUCUGGAGAAGAUCUUCCUGCAGAAGGUUGCUCAGAUGCCUCAGGAAGAGGUGGAGCUAAUGGCCUCAUUACCAAGGGGCAAAAGUCGAAAGCAGCCAGGAGUACAGCAGGUGCGGGCAGUGUCUUCAGCCAGUAAGCCAACUGCCUUUUCAGAAGCCCCUACCACAGCCUGUCCUUCUCCCAUCAUUGUCUCCACCGCGGUGCCAACAGCUUUGCUCAGUCAGGUCGCAGCAGCUCCUGCUCAUUCGUCCAGCUCGAUGAUGUCAGUAAUUCCUCCAGCGACGCAACUAAUUACUAAGAAAAAGGGUGUGAAACGGAAAGCAGACACGACAACUCCCAGCACGUGUGCCAUGACUGCGAGUGAGUCCCCUACUCCAGCCUCGGCAGAACCCACACCUUCAAAGCUGGCAUCUCGACGAGGGAGCGGGUGUCCCACCAAACCAGCAAGGAACGAAGUGGAGGAGAUGGAACUCCAGCCAUCCCUGGGGAAGAAGGGGAAACUGACCGAACACCUGAGGCACUGUGACAGCAUCCUGAGGGAGAUGCUGUCCAAGAAACAUGCAGCCUAUGCGUGGCCUUUCUACAAACCAGUGGACGCUGAGGCCCUGGAACUGCAUGAUUAUCAUGAAAUCAUUAAGCACCCAAUGGAUCUUAGCAGUGUGAAAAAAAAGAUGGACAGUCGUGAUUAUCAGGACCCUCAGGGAUUUGCAGCAGAUAUUCGGUUAAUGUUUUCCAACUGUUACAAGUACAACCCUCCAGAUCAUGAAGUGGUGGCAAUGGCCAGGAAACUGCAGGAUGUUUUUGAAAUGCGGUUUGCAAAGAUGCCGGAUGAGCCUGUUGACAUUGCCUUACCUCCUCCCAUGCCACUCCCAACUAUCGCCAAGCCCAAAGUGUCAUCCUCAUCCAAUUCCAAUAGCUCGGAUUCAGAAGAGGAGAGGGCAAAUCGAUUGGCGGAACUGCAGGAGCAGGUGGGUGUCGGCAACCCCUCCUCUCAAAGGACCACGCUGAAAGCUGUUCAUGAGCAGCUGGCAGCUCUGUCUCAGGCUCCUGUCAGCAAACCAAAGAAGAAGAAAGAGAAAAAGGAGAAAAAAAGGAAGGAAAAACACAAACUGAAAGUGGAGGAGAAUGACAAGAAGGUCAAGACCUCUCAGGCGAGCAAGCAAGCACAGUGCAAGAAACACAGCAGCAAGAAGCCCAGCAGUGUGAAUUCACUGACCAGACCCCUGAAGAAAGCUACAAAGCUACCACUACUUUAUGACUCUCGAGGGGAAGAGGACACUCAGCCAAUGUCAUAUGAUGAGAAGCGUCAGCUGAGCCUUGACAUCAACAAACUUCCGGGUGAAAAAUUGGGCUGGGUAGUUCAUAUUAUUCAGUCGAGGGAACCCUCCCUCAGGGACUCCAACCCUGACGAGAUUGAAAUAGACUUUGAAACGUUGAAGCCCACAACUCUACGAGAGCUAGAACGAUACGUCAAAUCCUGCUUACAGAAAAAGCAAAGAAAACCAUAUAACACUUCUCCUGACAUACUCAGUGGUAGAGAUGGUGAAGAGCAGCACACUCUGUGGGACUCCAGCAGGAACCGAACCCCAUUACCAGCUACACCUUCAAAGAAACCUGUUGGGAAAGUGAAGGAGGAUCUUAUUCUGGAGAAGAAGACAGAGAUGGAGAAACGUUUACAGGGCAUGAGUGGGCCACUCAAUCACAGCAAAAAACUGAACAAGAAAGGGGAGAAGUCAGACCUCAGGCAGGGAGGGUGUCCCACCCGUCUCAGUGGCAGCAGCAGCUCAUCCUCUGACUCAGGCAGCACCAGCUCCAGUGUCUCCAGCUCUUCAGAUACUAGUGAAUCUGAUUAGGCCUUUCGAUCUGGGCUCUCAACGUAUACUUUUGGCACAAAGUUCUUCCGGCUGCUGGCCCACAUGACUUGAACCUUACCUCACCAGAUUUGAAAGCUGUGCUGUAUUUUUGAUGAUGAAUGAACCUGAUAGGAGAGACUCUGACAAGCACAUUCCAUUGAUGAUCAUUCACUUCGUUAAAAGCAGUGUGAGAUGUCUGACUGAAGGAUAUAGCCAGUGUCUGAGCACACAGGGACUGACUGAGUGCAAGUGUUUACCCAUGUGUAUAUACCUAAUUUAUUAUGAACCUGGACAAAUAACUCAGCUCAGAACCAACGAGAAAGUUUCCAGGCAGAAUUCUGAUCGUAUGUGUGUAGCCUGGCUUGUGCUAGAUCCUUCGUGUGUUUGUACAGCCCAUGUGACUGGGUGCUGUGAUUUACAAAUUCAAUUUGUUGUGUUUCUUCAGCAUUUUUAUCAUUCUGCUUAAGGUAAAGGAAGGAAUUGAAGCGAUCGGAGUCCAUUGUACAGACAGAAGUAUUGAAACUUUAGAUAAUCGGUUUUGAGUAAGUAUGUUUCUGAUUUCUACAAAGGCCCUUUUGGAUUAAACAGAAUUGGGUUUGGUGACUCGCAGUUGCCUCAGUACAAAGAGACUUGAAAUCCUGGUUGUUUAUUGUUGGAUCAUUUGUGGAUGACUCGGACUGUUCUGUAAGUUAGACAGAAUGUCUCCAGCAUUUUCCCUUGUUAGUCCUUUGAUAUUUAUGUUUUAAUCAGAGAUGAGGAACGAAGUUAAGACAUUUGUGAGACAAUGACGUAUUGGUGGAUAUUACAAACUGUGGUUGCAGGCUGCCCGGACCCUUCACCGCAAACACACUCGAAAGAGUCUCCCUUUCUCCUUUGUCAGUCCAUUUUCUCGCUCUGAGCUUCUCACUCUCUGUCUUGUUAUAAGCUCAUUCUUUCCCCCUCUACAUCAUCAAUCAGAAGUGGGGAUGUGCAAUCAGCAUUGAAGAAUGUUAGGUACCAUUUGUGACUCCUGAGAUACCGAAGUAGUCUGUUUUCAAAUGUGGCAUGACCUCGACAUGAUCCAGGCUUGGGAUGCUAAGUGGUAAGUAACAUUCGUGCUAUGCAAGUACCAGACAAUGGUCCUCUCCAGCAAGAGAGAAUCUAACCAUCGCUGUUUGACCUUUAAUGGCAUUAUCAUCACUGAAUGUCCCACUAUCAACACGUGGGGGUGGGGGCAGUUACCAUUAUCUAGAAACUGAAUUAGACUGGACAUAUAAACGCUGUGGCUACGAGAGCAGGUUAGAGACUUGACUGCAGCAAAUAACUCACCUCUUAAACUCCCAAAGUCCAUCCACUAUUGACAACGUACAAGUCAGGAAUGUUAUGGAAUACUCCCAAUUUGCUUGGAUGAGUGCAGCUCCAACAACACUCAAGAAGCUUAAUAUCCAGCAGAAAGCAACCCACUUGAUUGGCACUACAUCCAAAAACAUCCAUUCCAUCCACAAUUGGUGAUCAGUAGCAGCAGUGUAUGCUGUUUACAAGAUGCACUGCAGAAAUGCAUCAGAUCUUCUUAACAGUGCCUUUCAAAUCCACAACCACUUCCAUCUCAAAGGACAAGGGCAGCGGAUUGGAACACUACCCCCUGCAAGUUAGGGAUUGGCAAGGUGGAUUGGAAGAAGCAUUGCUGAAUUUUAACAACUGUUCUUCAAGUUGCAGAGAUCCAGAUGAUCCUGGAUUUGGACCCUAACUGAAAAAUCAUUGCAGGUUUUUCUGAGUUCUGAAUUUGUCCUCUGAAACUCACCUUCAACAAAUUUCAUUUAUUGCUUCAUAGUAACUCAAUAUAUUUUAUUUCUGUUUAUAAUUAUAAGUUUAAAUUCUAUGUUGGAUACGUUAAGUAUAAAUUAAUGUCGUGAUGUUUAAUGUACAAAGCUUUGUGUCAGCACUGGGUGCCUGAAACAAAAAAAAUCUACUUAAUAUCAACUGAGCUUUUUUGAUUUAUUUCAGUUGUUGACAUUGUGAAGAGAAGUAUGCGAGGAUUGCAGGUUUCAUAAUAAAAUUCAGAGUGUG